CAUUUUGUUAACAGCUGCUUACGUGGAAAAUGUAUGUAGAAAAACUCGGCAAAUACCGCAAAGAAUUAAAGGAAGUUGAUUUCUAGAAUUUCUUCACAAGUAGAAUAGGUGCAACAAUAAAUAUAAAAUGGUUCGCAUUGGUUUGCAAAUCUCUGCUACUUUAGAGAAUAUCGACAGUCUGGAAACAAAUCAUCCGGAUUAUUCGUUUUUUGUGAAAAUAAAAUGCUCCAAUUGUGGUGAGCCGUCAGACAAAUGGCACGACAUAACGGAAUCAGAGCGCAUACAAGCAAGUUCUGACGCACGAAAUCCUGAAGGUUUCAACUUUUAUAUGAAAUGUAAAAUGUGUGGCCGUGAGAACAGCAUUGAUAUAGUGGAAAAAACGAAUUCGCCUUACACACAUGAAGAUGCGGGCAAGUUCAAAACAAUUGUGAUCUUCGAUUGCCGUGGAGUGGAGCCUAUUGACUUUUCACCGCGUCAUGGCUGGAUAGUGCGUUCUGCGGAAAAUGGUCAAACAUUCGAAGAUGUGGAUCUAUCCGAAGACGAUUGGGUUGAAUAUGAUCAGAAGAAUAAAGAAUCUAUUGGUGUAUAUGAAUUCGAGUCGCAAUUUGUAAAAUUGAAGAAAUAAUAUGAAAUUUGUACAAUAUAUAAAUACACAUAUAUCCACGUAUUAUAUAUAGUUGAGCAGUUGUUUAAAGACACCUUGAAGUGUUUGUUCGCUGCUUAUGAUAUUCUUGUUAAAGUUAGUGUUUGCCGAGAAUCAAUAUCAAUAGAUUUAUAAACCUAACUCACAAAAAUCUUGAAAAAUAA